AGCAGUUUCUCUUCACUUUGAUUACAAAGCCAUGAUCAGACUAAACUGCUUCAUGGGUAACCUUUGAUACUGAGUGAAAAGACUUUGCACAUAUGACAGCUGUAUAUUCUUUGACAGCACUUUUGUUCAGAAAACAUGCAGUUCCUGUGACAUCAGCUAUCCGAACAAUGGCAGUGAGGCUUAGACUCCUGCCUGCUGCAAAGUGCUUAUUUGAUCAUCCAGUGCAAAUAAAAAUAGAGGGGCUUCCUCCUAACCAGGAGGUUACUCUGAAGGCAUCGCUGGCAGAUGAAACUGGAGAACUUUUCUAUUCCUUAGCUCAUUACAAAGCAGAACAGAAUGGGGAGCUGGAUUUGUCCCAAAGUCCAUCCUUAGGUGGCAGCUUUUCUGGAGUGGAACCUAUGGGGCUUUUCUGGUCACUAGCUCCAAAAACUCCUUUCAAAAGAUUGAUGAAGAAAAAUGUUGAACAGCCUUUCUGCAUUGAUAUUGAGGUAUAUAAGGGACUUUCUGAUGUGUCUGAUCAACUGCUGGCAAAAUGCACUAAUGAGAGAUGGUUUAUGAAAAAAGGAGUAACACGAAUACCUGUUAGAGAAGGAAGGAUCAGGGCAACUCUCUUCUUGCCCCCAGGUCCUGGCCCUUUUCCUGGUGUUAUUGAUCUAUAUGGCACAGCAGGGGGCCUCAUAGAAUACAGAGCCAGCUUACUGGCCAGUCAUGGGUUUGCUACCCUGGCUUUGGCAUAUUUUGGCUUUGAGGAUCUUCCAUCAACUCUGGAAGGAUUUCACUUAGAAUAUUUUGAAGAAGCUGCCUACUACUUACAGAAACAUCCUAAGGUAAAUAAGAAUGGCAUUGGAGUUGUUGGAAUAUCAAAAGGGGCUGAUUUAGCUCUAUCGAUGGCUUCAUUUUUGCCAGGAGUGAAGGCUGCUGUCAGCAUCUCAGGUUGCAGUUCAAAUCUGAGUUCCUUCCUGCACUACAAAGGACUGACCAUCCCUCCUCUUCUGUUCAGUGUACAGAACAUAAAAUUCACAGAUAAGGGUGCAAUAAUAUUUAGGGAUGCUAUACAUAAUCCCUGUGACAUGGAGAACAAGGACAGCAUCAUUCCCAUUGAGAGGGCAUCAGGCAAUUUCUUAUUUCUCGCAGGAGAAGAUGACCAAAAUGCACCCAGCCCUAUGUUUCUUAAUGAGGCAGUCAAACGCCUUCAAGAAUAUGGCAAACAGAACUUUGAAAGCUACUGUUACCCUGGAGCAGGGCACUUACUGGAGCCUCCAUAUUCACCAGUGUGCCACACUUCUUGGCAUAAAAUUGUUGGUGCAGCCUUGGUAUGGGGAGGAGAAGGGAAGGCACACUCAUGGGCACAACAAGAUGCCUGGCAAAAGAUUCAGACUUUCCUUCACAAGCAUCUAGGCUAUGAAAUGAAUAGGAGCAGGAUAUAAGAGUAAUAUAACAUGAGAGUGAAACUGAUAUCUUUUCUCUACAUCACAUCAUUUUCAUGAACACACUUGUUUCUUUUAAAACAAAAGUGUUUUUAUUAGCCAAAGCACUAUGUUACAACGACAGUAGAAAAGUAAGCACUUGAUUUUUUUCUGCAAAGUACAUAUAACAACUUCUUCUCUGAUGACUGGUGAAUUUUAAUGUAAUUGUAAUAAACAGAUAGUGUGCAAGGUACAGGGGGCUUCCCCGUCAUAAUACAGUCAUUUUGUAAAGUUGUUCAUUUACAGUCUCCUAAAUGAAGUGUGCUUUGCAUAUGAGAGGGAAGCUUUGCUAUUUUUGGGAGACCAGAUACAUGCAGUCACAGAUAGAGGUAUAUGGAGACACACACACACACACACACACACACACACACACACACACACACACACACACACACACACACACACACACACACACUUUAUGUUUUUUCCUGGAGACAGUUUAAUAUUUGUUGUCCCUUACUGUACUUUAAUUGCAUUAACUGGCACAAGAUGAGAAACAAAAAACUAGCAGUGAUAUAUGUAUUCUGUUGUUAAAAUAUUUGGCGUAUUUCCAGCUGAUGUCUUAGUUUAAGAGUAUUGAGAUAACUGGAUGCUGAAGUUUUCCUCACUUACAGUCAAAAAAGGAUAUGAAAUAGA